UUCCCUCCAACGAUCCAAUCCCAACUUCCCGCCAAUCUUCCUUACCUUAGUGAAAGGGAAAAAAAAACCAUGCAGCAUUAUCCACAAUCAUCCACAAACACAAGUUCUAGCAGUUCUAGCAGUAGCAGCAAUGCCACUGUGACUGCUGGGGCAGCACCUCCGGCUAGUGGCCGCCACCCGGUUUAUCGUGGAGUAAGGCGCCGGAGUAGUGGCAAAUGGGUGUCGGAAAUUCGUGAGCCAAGGAAGCCUAAUAGGAUUUGGCUAGGCACAUUUCCUACUCCUGAAAUGGCUGCAGUGGCUUAUGAUGUAGCAGCUCUUGCUCUUAAGGGCCCAUAUGCCGAACUUAACUUUCCCAACUCUGCCUCGUCUUUGCCCGUGCCUGCUUCCACAUCCCCACGUGAUAUCCAAGCGGCUGCAGCCUCUGCCGCCUCUGCUAUUGGGGCGGCUGCCUCUGCUAUUGGGGCUGGAAUAGAUGUCUCAACUGGGAAUGAAGGUCAUGGUGCUCAACGCACAGGUGAGAUGCAACAACCAAUGCUUGGUGAAUUUGUUGAUGAGGAUUUGAUCUUUGACAUGCCAAAUGUUCUUGUCAAUAUGGCGGAAGGGAUGAUGCUUAGCCCUCCUCGCUAUGACAUUGCUGGGGAUGCAGAAAACACUGAGGAUCACACUGAUCAGAACCUUUGGAAAUUUCCAUAGUCCACUACGUAUCUUCAAAUAACAUAUAAUAUGCAAUAUUUUCUACCAUAUAAAAAAUAAAAAAACCUUUAUUUAUAAUAUAAAUAAUAUAUGAGGGAGUUUGCAUUGGAAAGGUAGAAUGCAAGAGAAGACAACAUAAAAUGCGUGUGAGAGUGGUUUGUUUGUUAAAUAACUUGUACAGUGUUAUCUGUAUUGGGAAUUUCUCUUUCUGCAUCUUUCAGGCUUCAAGGUUUGGACAAUGUGUGAAUGAGAAAAACUUUUUUAUAUAAAUCCUGGAGCAGCUUGAGUUUAUUUCAUAAGAGUCUGGAAACUUCU